AUGGACUCGAAAAAGAACGCGUUGGAGGCCGAAGACAUCAAGCCCCCUUCUGACUCCAAGGAGCAAAAGGCCGAUGAAACGCAAACCUCAUUGGCGCCGCCUCCUCGACCUGCCAUAACGUCCGCUACUGACACUCCUGACUACUUCAACUCCAUCCACAACCCGUUCUCGUUGGAACCAAACCCCUUCGAGCAGUCCUUUGGCGGCAACGGUAGUAACGGUGGUACUGGCGAGACCCCCGGGAAGUCGAUCCUUCCUCCUGUCGCCGCGCUCACGUCUCCUGCCCUGCCUGGCAGCAACUCCGCCGCCGGGGGCUACAACUGGUCUAACUCGUUGCGCUCGGGGCCCUUGAGUCCUGCCAUGCUAGCUGGGCCAACCGGCUCUAAUGAUUACUUCGAUAGUAUUGGCAGAGGCUUCCCUACUCCCAACGAAUCUUCGCUUCGUACGGGACUAACGCCUGGUGGUGGCGGGUCUAUGUUCCCGGCGCCCAGCCCGAAUUCUCAGGCGCUUCUGCAGCAGCUUCAAAGUGGCGGCGCAACUCCGUCGACCAUCGAAUUCCAUCGCACCGCACUCGCUGCUAAGAAAAACGGGGCGAAUGGUCCUACAUCCAACCCUACUACUGAGCCAGAACAAAGCGCGCAAACCGCAGCUAUGGAUAUAAACCACCCUGACGCCACAGACGCGGCCAAUGGCCUUUUUAUGUUGGCCAAAGGCGGACAGGCAAACCCGAACCAGUUUUCCGUGCCAAACCAGUCAUCAAUCGCUUCGCACAACAACCAAGGUCAAGAACAGGCCCGCGAUCCCGGCGCUGACAAGCGAGGAUCUCACGCUGCCAACGGCGCCCCGAACGCCGGCAGGGAGCCUAGCGGAGACGCUUCGGAUCUACAAGCAGAACAAAGCAAGCCCGCCUUGAAAGGGAAAUCUAAGAAGAACGCUGCCACGAAAACGGGCGGUCCCGUCAACAACCGGCGCAAAGCUGAGGAUACCCCUGUUAAAGGACCGAAUAAGAAGUCUAAGAUUAGCCAGGGCUCUGGUAGCCCUGAGCCUCCUUCUGAUAUCGCAGACUCGGACGAUGAGGAUGAUGAAAAACGGAGAGGAGGUGAUUCAAAGAAGAUGACUGACGAAGAGAAGAGAAAGAACUUCCUGGAGCGGAACCGGGUCGCUGCGCUCAAAUGUCGCCAGCGCAAGAAGCAGUGGCUAGCCAAUCUUCAGGCCAAGGUUGAACUGUUCACCUCCGAAAAUGAUGCUCUCACUGCUACGGUGACUCAGCUUCGCGAAGAAAUCGUCAACCUGAAAACCCUGCUCCUCGCUCACAAGGAUUGCCCAGUCUCUCAAGCGCAGGGACUCGGUCCGUUGAUGAUGAAUGGAAUGUCAACUGGAUUCGAGCCCAACCCAUACAACAUCCCCAACAACAUGGGCAUGCAACCAGGCGCACCCAUGCCACAAGGAGUUCGACGAUAA